AUGCGGGUUUCUAUAGAAGGUUUAUCAAAGGAUUUCGUGAAAAUCGCGCAGCCGCUCACUCAUUUGUUGCACAAUGAUAUGGAAUUCGUCUUUGAUGAAGGAUGCAAAAAGGCAUUUCAGUUGCUCAAGGACAGACUCGUAUCAGCACCAAUUAUCAGAGCGCUAGAUUGGAAUCACCCUUUUGAGAUAAUGUGCGACGCGAGUGAUUUCGCUGUGGGAGCCGUCCUAGGACAGAAGAUUGAAGGAAAAAGGAAAUUUCCUAGACAGGUUAGUUGGGAAGCAGUUUUGGCUUUAACCGGUCUAGGAGAAACUGAUAAAGGGAAGCGCACGCUUAACGCAGAACCGUGGUUUGCUGACUUAGCUAACUACUUGGUCACGGGAGAGACAGGGGGAAUUUCAAGGAGGGACGAGAUGCCUCAGGUCCCGGUGAUUGUGUGCGAAAUUUUCGACGUAUGGGGAAUGGACUUCAUUGGGCCAUUUCCAUCAUCCUGUGGGAACACAUAUAUAUUGGUUGCGGUAGACUAUGUGUCUAAAUGGAUAGAGGCUAAGGCCACCACAACAUGCGAAUCGAAGGAAGUGGCGAAAUUUCUGAAGGCCAAUAUUUUCAACAGAUAUGGAGUUCCUAGAGCCAUCUCUAAUGGCCAAGCGGAAAUUUCUAACCGCGAAAUCAAGGCAAUAUUGGAGAAGACUGUUCAUCCGUCAAGGAAGGACUGGAGCAAGAGGCUCGGUGACGCAUUAUGGGCCUACAAAACUGCUUUUAAGACGCCUAUUGGAAUGUCGCCUUACAGGCUUUUGUUUGGCAAGAUGUGCCACUUACCUGUGGGUAUCGAACACAAGGCGUACUGGGCAGUAAAAGAGUUGAACAUGAAGCCUUCGGCUUGUGAAGAAAAAAGGAAGUUACAGUUACAAGAACUGGAGGAAUUGAGGCUGGAGUCGUUUGAGUCUGCCAUGUGUGGAGGAAGUGCCACUACGCGCACUCUCUACUAUCACCUAGACAGACGAGGAGGUAUUCUCGAUGAAUUCCUGGGUCAGGGUCAUGGUCAGGGAAGUCAGCUAGGGAAGGAGAGCCUGGAAGAAGAAGUCAAGGAGAGCCUGGAGGAAGAGGUCAAGGAGGGAUUGAGAUAA